CACGGGCGGACGUGGCGCGGCCUUCCGACACAAAGUUGCGAAGGCUUUCGCGCUGUUUGCGAACCGAGCGUGAUUCCACGUGAUAGUGAUUACGAUAUUGGUGUGACUGAAGUUGUGUUUAUGUCGACAGAAUGUUUGACUACUUUAUAUAGGAGCAGCUGCGGGAAUGUGACGUCACGCCACGAUGCUCGCUCUGUUUCUGAUGUCACUGACCCUCACACUUACAAAUGUGUGUUCGGACGGACCGGCUCGCCUCGCGCCGUCGUUCGCCGUGGAGCCGCCGCCUCUGGUGCGCUACGCCGCGUCGGCCGGCGCGCGCGUGCCGUGCCUCGCGCGAGGCGACCCGCUGCCGCGCGUCUCCUGGCUCAACGAGGAUGGGAGCACGCUCACUGAUAUACCGGGCAUCAGGAGAGUGUACAGCAACGGCACGCUGGAGCUGUUCCCCGCGGGCGCGCGCGCCGGCCCCGCGCCCGGCACGCUGCGCUGCCGCGCCGCCAACCCGCACGGCGCGCUCGUGUCGCGCGACGUCGUGCUGCAGCCAGUGGCGGACACGCAGUGGGAGGUGUCGCUGUCGGACGCGGCGGCGGCGGCGGGCGGCGUGGCGGCGCUGUGGUGCCGCGCCGCGCCCGCCGCGCUCGCCGCGCCCACGCUCUUCUACCGCGGCGACCGAGUGCUGCACGUCGACGCGCCGAGCCCCGAGGCGCGCUACAUCGUGGCGGGCGGCGCGCUGCUGGUGCGCGACGUGGCGGCGACGGACGCGGGCGCCUACAGCUGCCUGGCGCGGCACGAGCUCACCGCCAACACCAAGCGCUCCCGCCCCGCGCUCCUCACCGUGCUGCCCAGCUCGUCCGGCUCGGCGCCGCGCCUGGCGGCCGCGGACAGCGAGCUGAGCGUGCGCGCCGGCGCCGCGCUGUGCUUGCCGUGCGUCGCCUCCGACUACCCGCCGCCGCAGUACACCUGGUACCGCGAGCGCGAGGGCCGGCUGGAGCCGGUGGCGGCGGGCGGCGCGCUGUGGCUGUGGGCGGGCGGCGCGGCGCUGUGCGUGGCGCGCGCGGCGCGCGAGCACAGCGGCGCGUGGCUGUGCAAGGCCUACAACGUGUUCGGCGACGCCACGGCGCAGCUGCGCCUCGACGUGCACGAGCCCUUCACCGUCGUCGUCACGCCGCCGCUCGUGGUGGCGGAGGCGGGCGGCACGGCGCGGCUCAACUGCAGCUGCAGCGAGCCGCGCGCGGCGCUGGGCUGGUGGCGCGACGGCGCAGCGCUGGCGGGUGCGGCGGGCCCGGCGCUGCUGCUGCGCGGCGUGACGCGCGCGCACGCCGGCCUCUACCAGUGCGUGGCGCGGCUCGGCGCGCGCACCGAGCAGGCCGCGGCGGAGCUGCGCCUCGGAGACUCUCCGCCGGAGCUGCAGUACACGUUCAUCGAGCAGGCGCUGCGCGGCGGCGGCAGCGUGGCGCUGCGCUGCGUGGCGGCUGCGUCGCCGCCGCCGCGCGUCACCUGGCUGCUGGACGGGCAUCCGCUCGAGCACUACUUGCCACAUCACAGGUACUCAAUAAGCGAGGAGGCGUCGACGCAGGGGGAGGUGGUGUCGACGCUGAACGUGACGGCGACCACGGCGAGCGACGGCGGCCGUUACUCGUGCCGCGCCAGCAACGCGCUGGGCGCCGUCGACCACUCCGCGCGCCUCAACAUAUACGGUCCGCCGUCCAUCCGGCCCAUGAGCACGGUGCGCGCGGUGGCGGGCGAGAACCUCACGCUGCACUGCCCCUACGCUGGAUAUCCGAUCAGCUCGGUGUCGUGGCGGCGGCGCGGCGCGGCGACCGCGCUGGCGGGCGCGGGGCGCGCGGCGGCGCGCGGCGCGGCGCUGCAGCUGACGCCGGCGCAGCCGCACGACGCGGGCCACUACGCCUGCACUGUGACCGCGCCCUCCGGCCCCGCCGCCACCAGGGACGUUGAGAUACAAGUUAGAAAUCCUCCGAAAAUUUCUCCAUUCAUGUUCUCAUCGGACCUGACCGAAGGCAGCUCCGUCCAAGUCCUGUGCGGGGUUUCUUCCGGAGACAAGCCCAUGUACUUCUCUUGGCUCAAAGACGGCGCUCCUCUUCCGCCGAACUUGCAGAUAGAGGAGAAGAGCCUGAGCGAGUUCUCGCUGCUGGUGUUCCCGGAGCUGCGCGCGCGCCACAGCGGCGCCUACACGUGCCGCGCCGCCAACCACGCCGCCGCCGCCACCUACACCGCCACGCUCAGCGUCAAGGUCGCUCCGUCGUGGGUGACGGAGCCGCUGGACGCCGCCGUGCUGCUGGGCGCGCCGCUGCUGCUGCAGUGCGCGGCACGCGGCCACCCCGCGCCCCUCGUCACGUGGUACAGGAACAUAGGUGAAAUCAUAAAUGGAAUGGAAAAUUCUGAUAGAUGGGAGGCGACGGGUGGCGAGUGGGGCGUGGCCGGCGGCGGAGCACUCGCGGCGCCCGACGACGCGGUGGGCAGCGCGGUGCUGUCGGCACGCGGCGCCGCGCGCUCGCACCAGGGCCUGUACCGCUGCACCGCCGACAACGGCGUCGGCGCACCGCUCGUCAAGCACGUCAACGUCACCGUGCACGAGCCGGCGCACUUCGGUCCCGCGGGUGACGCACCGCGCAACGUGUCGAGCGUGCGCGGCCGCAGCGUGGCGCUGGAGUGCCUCGCGCUCGGCGACGCGCCGCUCGCCGUGCACUGGACGCACCGGGGGAACAAGCUCGAUCUCGACUCCUACAGAUGGACGAUAUCGGAGGAGCGACGCGGCGCGGGCGUGCGCUCGACACUGCGCCUGCGCAGCGCGGAGGCGCGUGACGCGGGCGAGUACCGCUGCCACGCGCGCAACGCGCACGGCCGCGCCGACACCGCCAUCCUGCUCACCGUGGAAGAGGCGCCGGCGGCACCGCGCGCGCUGCGGCUGGCGGGCGUGGGCGCGCGCGGCGUGCGCGUGGCGUGGCGCGCGCGGCUCGGCGCCGGCGUGCACUUCGCCGCGCUGUGCACGCCGCUGCACGCGCUGCCCGCGCGCGACCCGUCCCCCGCACCCGCGCCGCUCAACCUCACCGUGGAACAACGCGCCGACAACGACGUCGACGCGGACGGCUCCGCGCUGCUGGCGGCGCGCGUGGCGGGCCUGCGCCCCGCGGCCGCCUACUCGCUGCGCCUGCUGGCCGCCAACCACGUGGGCACGUCGCCGCACUCCGAUGCACUGCUCUUCACCACGCUCGAGGAAGCACCGACGGGAUCUCCUCAAAAUGUUCGAGUAAGAGCUGUCAGCUUGGAAGAACUCCUCGUGUCUUGGUCGGCGCCGGCGCAGGACAGCUGGAACGGUGAGUUGCUGGGCUACGCCGUGUCGUGGCGCGAGGUGGCGCGUGGUGCGCCAGCCGAUGGGCCACGAGAAGACGCGGCGCCGCGUGGCGAGGCCGUGGCACGCGGCUGGAGCGGCGCCGAGCUGGCGUUGCGCGGCCUGCGCCCCUUCGCACGCUACGCACUUACGGUGCGCGCCUUCAACCGCGCGGGCGUCGGUCCGCCCUGCGCUGCCGUGUACGCCGCCACCGCCGACGGAGUGCCGGAGGAGCCCCCGAGCUCGGUGUCGUGCGAGGCGGUGUCGGCGCGCUCGCUGCGCGUGCGCUGGCUGCCACCGGCCCGGGCGCCCGCACUGCCCCUCCGUGGCUACGACCUGCACUAUGCGCCCGUGGAUCACUCCGACACGUGGAGUGGAGUGGAGGCGAGCGGCACGGAGGCGGUGCGUGCGGCGCCGGGUGGCGAGGCGCUGCUGAGCGGCCUGCGCGCCGCCACCAACUACUCCGUGAGCGUGCGCGCGCGCUCCGAGCGCGGCGCCGGGCCCGCGUCGCCGCCCGCGCUGUGCCGCACGCGGGACGAAGUGCCGGGCGCGCCCGAGCCGCUGCGCGCGCUGGCGGCGGGGCCGGACGCCGUGCGCGUGUCGUGGGCAGCGCCGGCGGCGCGCGGCGGCACGCUCACGCACUACACGCUCUACACCCGGGAACUCGGCAAAGUCGGCGGUGAGUGGUCGCAGCGCGUGGCGGCGGCGGACGAGGACGAGGCGUGGCACGAGGUGCGCGGGCUGCGCGAGCGCGCCGUGUACGAGUUCUGGGUGCGCGCCGCCACCGCCGCCGGCGCGGGUGCGCCCAGCCGCGCCGUCAGCGCCGCGCCGCAACCCCUCCUAGCGGCUCGGAUCUCGUCGCUGGGACGCGAGGUGCGCGCGGCGCUGGGCGCACGCGUGCGCCUGCGCUGCGCCGCACUGGGCGCGCCGCCCAUCGCGCGCCGCUGGGCGCCGCUGCCGCGUGCGCACACCGUCACCGACACCGGCGACCUCGUCAUACAUAAGGUGGAGCAGCAGUCGGGCGGCAACUACUCGUGCUGGGCGCGCAACGCGGCCGGCGCCGACGCCGUCACGUACGCGCUGCGCGUGCUGCGCGCGCCCGCCCCGCCCGCGCCGCCGCGCCUCGUGCGCGCCGAGCCGCACGCGCUCGGCCUCGCCUGGAACCCGCCGCCCGACGGCGGCGCGCCGCUGCUCGGGUACACGCUGCUGUGGUGGGCGGAGGCGGAGGUGGGCGCGGAGGCGGCGGCGCGGCAGUGGCGCGCGGGCAGCGUGGCGCGCGGCGCGACGCUGCGCGGGCUGGCGUGCGGCGCGCCGUACCGCGUGGCGCUGCGCGCGCACAACAGCGUGGGCGCGUCGCCGCCCUCGAGCACGCUCACGCUGCGCACGCGGGGUGACAAGGCCGUGGCGCCGACGGGCAAGGAAUGCAUCUGGGUGAACAGCACGGCGCUGCGCGUGGCGCUGCUGGCGUGGGGCGGGCGCUGCGGCGUGGCGCGCUUCUCGCUGGCGCUGCGGCGCGCGGGCGGCGCCUGGGCCGACGUGCCCGCCGCCGCCGACGGCGCCGAGGCAACCGAUUUGGAACCGGGCACGUGGUACGAGAUUCGCGUGUUGGCACACUCGCCGGCAGGUGACACUCCCGCGCUCUACAGAGCCGCCACGCUCACGGAAAAUGGAGAUCGGAUAGGCGAACCGAUCGAGCUGCCUCUCGAGGCGCGCAUGAGUGCGGCGGACGACGAGGCGGGCGAGGCGCGCGCGGCGGCGUGGUGGCGCGGCGGCGCGGGCGCGGCGGUGGCGCUACUGGCGGCCGCGCUGGCGCUGCUGCUGGGCGCCGCUGCGCUGCUGGCGUGCCGAGCGUGCCGCGCGCAGCACGCGCAGCCGCCGCGCGACGCGCACGCGCAGCCGCUCUACGUCGCGCAACCCGCGCAGACCAACGGGAAGACGAUCACUCCACCCGAUGAUCUGCACGAGAUCAGCCCGUACGCCACGUUCAGCAUGUCGAGCGCGAGCGCGGGCGGCGUGCGCUCGUGCGCGCUGCACCUGCGCUCGUUCGCGCGCGAGCCACUCGCGCUGGCCGCGCCGCCGCCGCGCCCGCAGCUGCUCGCGCAUCCCAAUGACUACGGCAGCGCGCGUGACAGCGACUCCGAGUCGAGCGGCUCGCCGUGCGCCGCGUGCGCCGCCGAGCUGUACCGCGUGCCCGCCGCGCGCCUGUCGGACACGCUGCCGGCCGGCGCGCCGGGCGCCGACUCCAGCGCGGACGACGGCUCGUACGCGCGCCGCGAGCCGCCGCGAGCGCGCGCGCGCCGCCGCGACCACGCGCCCGCCGCCAGGUGA